GGUAAGCUGCCCUGUUAUCGGUAUUGCGGAUUAUACAUUCAGAGGCUCAGACGAGCUUCUUUCGCAGAGUGGCGUCACCGUCAUGGCGCCCGCCGCUCCGCACCACGCCGACAAUAACAAUCAAGACUCAGCUGCGAAAAAGGUGAAACUUGAACAGAAUGUUGGCAAACCGUCGCGGGUCAUCCACAUACGGAACAUACCCAACGAGACGACAGAAGCCGAGAUCAUACAACUGGGCCUACCCUUCGGCAGGGUCACUAAUGUACUCGUGCUUAAAGGCAAAAACCAGGCAUUCCUCGAAAUGGCGGAGGAGAUAUCGGCAGUGGCGAUGGUGGCAUACUUCGGCGGCUGCGUGGCACAGCUUCGCGGCCGAGCCGUCUACGUGCAGUUCUCCAACCACAAGGAACUUAAGACCGACCAAACACACAGCAAUGCCGUAAUAUUUUUGCAGUCAGCAUCGGCGCAGGCGGCGUUACAAGCAGCUCAGGCCAUCUCCAACAGCGCUGGCGCAGCGCUCGUAGCCGGCGCAGGUGCGGCUCUACAGCCCGCGAAUGGAGGCACAGAAAUACAGGGUGGUCCCAACACAGUUCUGCGCGUGAUUAUCGAACACAUGCUAUAUCCGAUCGUGCUCGACGUACUCUACUCUAUUUUCCAACGGUACGGCAAGGUGCUGAAGAUCGUCACAUUCACUAAAAAUAAUUCAUUCCAAGCCCUCAUUCAGUAUCCAGACACGGUAUCGGCGCAAACGGCAAAAACGGCUUUAGACGGGCAGAAUAUUUACAACGGGUGCUGCACACUGCGCAUCGACUACUCGAAGAUGACGUGCCUCAACGUGAAGUAUAACAACGACAAGUCCCGGGACUACACGAACCCGACGCUGCCCUCUGGCGACGGCGACGCGCACCAGCUGUUGACCAGUGAGUUGAUGCCACUGCGGGCACGCCUCGCCCUGGCCCUCGCAUCCAGGAUGAGUGGUGGGGUGCUGGCGCCUCAGUUCCUUGGGCUGGGCUCCGGACUGGCGUCGCCGUACGGCGUAGGCGUAGGCGGCGUGGGGCUGCCUGCUUUCGGCGCGCUGACGCUGACGCCCGCGUCGCCGGCGCUGCGCGCGCUCGCCGCGCCGCCACUGCCGCUCGCCACCGUGCUGCUCGUCUCGAACCUCAACGAGGAGAUGGUCACGCCUGACGCUCUCUUUACCCUUUUCGGCGUGUACGGGGAUGUGCAACGGGUGAAGAUACUCUACAACAAGAAAGAUUCAGCCCUCAUUCAGAUGGCCGAACCUCACCAGGCCCAUCUAGCGAUGACCCACAUGGACAAACUUCGCGUAUUCGGCAAGGCGAUGCGCGUGAUGCUGAGCAAGCACCAGACUGUGCAGCUGCCCAAGGAAGGACAACCAGACGCUGGUCUCACCAGGGACUACUCCCAGAGCCCGCUGCAUAGAUUCAAGAAGCCUGGCAGCAAAAACUACCAGAACAUCUACCCACCAAGCGCGACUCUCCACCUGUCCAACAUUCCAGCUACGGUGUCUGAAGAUGAUAUCAAGGAAGCCUUCACCAAGCGAGGAUUCACGAUUAAGGCGUUCAAGUUCUUCCCUAAGGACCGCAAGAUGGCGUUGGUUCAGCUGCCGUCGAUCGACGACGCGGUGGCGGCGCUGAUCAAGAUGCACAACUACCAGCUGUCGGAGUCCAACCACCUGCGGGUGUCGUUCUCCAAGUCCAGCAUCUAA